CGGGUGAAGGGGUGAUCACAAGUGUUAAUAAUCAUUACAUUGUUAUUAAAAGGUACAUGGAAAGACUGGCGGCAGAAGCAGGAGUAAUCUCCGCAAUCCACUCUGAAAAAUGACAUGGAUGAUUCAGAGCAUCUCGCUAAGUGCAAGACGACUUAUAUUUGCGUUCAAAAAAAGAUCAGUGGUUUUAAGCAGAUGAUCCAACCUGGGAGAAGGUCUCUGAAUUGUUCAGCAGUAGGAAGGAACAUUCAGGAAUGUCGGGUAUUGACGCAUGGACUGACCCACCUUAUGAGAAGACCUUGUGAACAGGACACAUUCCCUGAGAUGACCCAGCGGACUCAUUGUGUAUACUAGACUCUAAUAAGUAUAUAGCAGAGUUCAUUAUGACUGCAGCCGCUGCUGUGAGUCCGAGUGAGUACUUGCAGCCAGCUGUUUCCGCUUCCCAGGACACACAGCCCUCUCCGUUGGCUCUCCUGGCAGCCACGUGCAGUAAGAUUGGUCCCCCUGCAGUCGAAACAGCUGUGACUCCUCCGGCACAACAACGCCCAACUCGGAAAAGGCUAAUACCCAUAAAACCUGCACCAUUACCAUUGAGUCCAGGGAAACAAAGUAUAGGACUUUUAUCUGCCAAAGGAAAUGUGAUCCAGCUUCCACAAUUGGGGACAGGAAACGGGCAGCUCUUUUUCACCAUACAGAACCCAGUGAGCAAGACUGGACACUAUCAAGCUUCACAGACCUCCCCUCAGGCAGUUCCACAGACUCUGGGCACUCAGUAUCAGAUUAUUAAUUCCACUGAUGGUGGAACAACCCUUCAGAUUGCCCCAGCCACCAGUUCUACAAAACAUGUGCCCAUAAAACCUGCCCCUCCACACAAAAACAGCAAUGUUAUGAAGUUGACUGGAACUGCUGGCAGCAACGUCACUUUGGCACUCCCUCUCAGUAACCUGGCAGACACCUCCACAGACACUAGCAGUCAGCUUGUUUCUAGCAGACAGAGUAAAAAGCCUCGUAGGAAGCCUCUUCCACCAGGGCCGACGCCUGGUUCUCCUACUCAGGAGCAGGUGGAGACUGUAUUAAUAGAAACAACUGCAGACAAUAUCCUACAGGCUGGAAACAACCUGCUGAUUGUUCAGAGUCCCAAUGCCGGUCAGCAUGCCGUACUUCAGCUUGUUCAGCCCAAGGCUGAAACACAACUAGUGCAAAUACCACAACAGGCUUUGAGAGUGGUACAGGCAGCAUCCGCUACACUGCCAACAGUGCCACAGAAACCAAUGCAAAGUGUCCACAACACAGACAGUACUCCCACACAGUUCUACUUCCGCACAUCUACAGGAGAUUUACAGACACUGAUGUUGCAAGAGUCUACACCUCAGCCAUGCUCCAUGGGAGGCACAGGGUCCUUGCCAACACUAUCUGCUACUCCAACUAAGAAAAAUGUCACUCGCAAAGAGCGGUCCUUAGCCAAAAUUGCUCCAGCGGGGAGCGUUAUUAACCUGAAUACAGCACAGCUGUCGGCCACCGCACAGGGUAUACAAACUAUCAGUAUCAAUGGCGUCCCAGUGCAAGGAGUACCCGUAACCAUCACCAAUGCUGCAGGGCAUCAGCAAAUCAGUGUGCAGAACGUGUCCAGUAAUAACGUUGCCAUCAGUGGCCUCAGCCCUUCCCAGAUACAGCUACAGAUGGAACAGGCCUUGUCUGGGGAGCUACAACCAGGAGAGAAGAGGAGGAGGGUGGCCUGUACAUGUCCAAACUGCAAGGACAGGGAGAAGGGCAGGUGGGGCCCCCCUGGCAGAAAGAGGCACGUGUGUCACAUCCCUGAAUGCGGGAGAACAUUUCGCAAGACUUCACUCUUGAGAGCCCAUGUCCGUCUGCACACCGGGGAGAGGCCGUUCGUGUGCAACUGGGGACACUGUACAAAGAGGUUCACCCGCAGCGAUGAGCUGCAACGGCACGCACGCACGCACACAGGUGACAAGCGCUUUGAAUGCCCUCACUGUCAGAAGAGGUUCACACGCAGCGACCAUGUCAGCAAGCACUUCAAGACACACCUCGUGCCAAAGAAGCUGUAAUGCAAGCGAAAACCAUCUUAACUCUGUGGGACCCCAAAAUGAUGCCACUGCGUUCCAAGAUGGAACUCCAGCUAUGCUUGGGAUACACCGAAAAUACCAUGCCUAAUAACGCUAGUAGUGACUAUCACCACUUCCUAGAAGCUGUCUUACUGCUGGAGCGCCCCCAACAGGCAGAUGGUAGAGUUUUCAAGACCACCAUGAGUUCUGUGCUGAGAAAAAGAUGUCCACAGAUUGUAGACUACAGAUCCGCUCUGUAUACGUCAGCAUCAUUAAGAGGAAAGGACUCUUCAGCAUAGUAUUUACUAUUGCUAUCAAACAUGAAGGAUUUCACUGGGGGAAGAGCGUGCGUACAUUACCUGACAACAACCUGUUGGCUGGACCAGAACAUUCCAUGUUUACACUGCUCUCCCCCUUUUAAGGAAGGUGCCUUAAUAUAUCUCCCCUCUUCCAAUAUUUUUAAGUGUAAGAGCUUAAGGCCGGGUUCACACAUCAAAAUCUCCACCCGAUAUUCAAGCUGAAGAUCCUGAGGAUAGCCAGUGCCAGCAUUAGGACCGUGUGGACUGCAUAGUCGUCCCCAUAGACCGCAAUUCGUUUCUGAACAGUUCUGCCAAAAGAAUGAACAUUCCGUCUAUGGGGACAGCAAUGCAGUAUGUUCGGUCCUAGCAGGGACUUCUGGCUUCCCUAGGAAUCUUGGCUGGAAUUCCAGUCGGAGAUUCCGUGGUGUGAACCCGGCCUAACUGUGCUUGCGCUAAUCUUGCAUUAAUACCUGCUCUACCAGUUUCUGGCCAGGAAUUUCCCCAGCUCUCCAUAACAAAGAAGCAGAAAUCACUGCUCCGUGUACUUUCUAAUACCUGGGCCUUUGUGCCAGAAGAUCAUUGUUCCUUUCUAUUCAGUAUGUAUACGACUUCAGUUGUAUUUGCAUUGUUAGCUAUCACCAAACUCUUAAUUUAAAUAAAAGAGGGGAUUUCACUUGAACACUGUGUAUGAUAGAGGU